AUGGGGAGUUCUGCGUCGUCUCUGACCACGGAUAGAGAAUCAGAUCACGGGUUUGGCACGGCUCCGUUCCCACCGGCCGCUCCGAUGGGCUGGCUCAGGACCAGCCACAGCAGUCCGGUGUGGGGAACCACGUUCAUCACCCGCCAGCAGCAGCAGCAGCAGCCUGUCCCUCAUAGAGAGCGCAGUCACUCUCAUUCUCCUGGUUCGAUGGCCGCAGUCGUGAGGAAUUCUGAUUGGUCAUGCGGGCGGUGCACGUUUCUUAACUCCAGCAGCUCCUUGCGCUGCUCUAUUUGUGAAGCUCCUCGGCAGAAGCCGGAUUUGAACCAUAUUUUGCGCCUCAGCAGUGCUGAGGAACCUCGAUGGUCCUGCCCCCGUUGCACUGUGUCCAAUCUCCAUGGAUUAGGCUCGUGUACUGUGUGUGGAGCAGCUCCAGUUACACCCAACGGACCCCUCCCACCCAAGCAGACCCCGCCCACUCCAGUAGAGCCCGCCUCCAGCCCAGAAGCCAAAGGUCCAGUAGCCAAUGGGGAGUCCCGGUGCGCUGAACCCAACGGGGAGGUGUCUUUAGGAGGGGAGGGGUCGUCAGAGUGGGCGUGUCCUCGCUGUACUUUAGUAAACACUCCGGUGGCGUUAUCAUGCUCAGCAUGCGGUGGUCCGAGGAAACUCUCCUUACCAAAAAUCCCUCCCGAAGCGCUAGUGGUCCCAGAAGUGCGCACACCUGUGGCAGGGUUUCCCACACAAACAGCAGGACCAUCCGCACCGCUUCUCAUUGAUCUAACUGAAGAUUCUCCACCCCAAGCACCAUCCAAAACCCCAUCUCCGCCCCCCGUCCCAUUUCUGCCCCCUUCCCUGUCCUCACUUCAAAAUAACCCUGUGCCUCGCAGCCGAAGGGAAGUCCCACCCCCUGGACGUCCUCCAAACCCUGCCCCCUCUCCAACAUCACCCUCAACAUGCCCACCUACCAAAUCCAAGCCCCUCCCACCAUCAGAUAACUAUCCAAUCAAGCGCCUCAGCAUGCUGGAAGAGGAGGAGCCUAACAAACCCGCCCCUCCAGUCACAUCACCGCCCUCUUGGAAGUGCCCCGGAUGCUCCGCCCCUACAGCUCCUCCUUCAUCAUCCGCCGGCCGUUGUGAUGCAUGUCGAAGGUCACGGCCGGGUUCGGGCGCUGACGUCAUAGAUGUACUUGGUGAGUCGGUGCGAUUCACGCCGGCGUCACCGUCCAGUCCGGACUUCAGCUCGUGGGGGUGUUCCAAAUGUACGUUGCGCAACCCAACGGGUGCAGACAACUGCACGGCCUGUGGAUCAUCCAAAUUGCAAGGUUUCUCCGAGCCGUCCAACAGCUCAUCUUGUUCUCGGAAACAACCACACUCCCACAUGCGUGCCUUUACUUCCUCCUCCUCUUCCUCCGUCUCGUCCCCAUCGGCGCUGGACAAGAGCGCCUCUCAGUGGACGUGUCCUGCCUGCACACUGUUGAACGAAGUGAGGAUGAAGCAUUGCGUGGCGUGUCACACUCCUCAGCAGUACCUCAAUCAGCGCAAAAUCGCGAAGCCGCUCAAACGCCGGGAGAGCAUGAAUGUGGAGGCCCGCAGGCGCACGGAUGAGGGAGAAGCCAAGGAAUUGUUGGAAAAUAUCGUCAGCUUCUGUAGAGAGAACACGGUGAACUUCGUGGAUGACAGUUUCCCCCCCGGUCCACGCUCGGUCGGGUUCCCCGAAAACGACAGCGUCCAGCAGCGAAUCAAAAAGUGGCUCCGUCCUCACGAGAUUAACUGCAAUAACUUCAAGGAUCGUGGCGUGAAGUGGUCUGUGUUCAGGACGCCACGCCCCUCAGAUAUACUGCAAGGCCUUCUGGGAAACUGCUGGUUUUUAAGCGCUCUGGCGGUGCUGGCGGAGCGGCCCGAGUUGGUGGAGCGUGUGAUGAUCACCAGAACUAUAUGUCAGGAGGGAGCGUAUCAGGUGCGGCUCUGUAAAGACGGGACGUGGACCACGGUUCUGGUGGACGACAUGCUGCCCUGCGACGAAUACGGGUUCCUGCUCUUCUCACAGGCUCAGCGGAGGCAGCUGUGGGUCGCCCUGAUUGAAAAGGCUCUGGCGAAGCUGCACGGCUCGUAUUUUGCGCUGCAGGCCGGCCGUGCCAUCGAGGGUUUGGCGACGCUCACUGGCGCCCCCUGUGAAAGUCUGAUGCUGCAGGUCAGCUCAACCAACCCUCGAGAAGAGCCCAUCGACACGGACCUCAUAUGGGCCAAGAUGCUCAGCUGCAAAGAGGCGGGCUUUCUGAUGGGGGCGUCCUGUGGAGGCGGGAACAUGAAGGUGGAUGAUGCGGUCUAUGAAUCUCUGGGGCUCCGCCCACGACACGCCUACUCCAUACUGGACGUCAGGGAUGUCCAGGGCUACAGGCUGCUGCGUUUGAGGAACCCCUGGGGCCGGUUCUCCUGGAACGGCUCGUGGUCAGACGAGUGGGCCGACUGGCCGCAGAACCUGCGUCACGAGCUCAUGGCACACGGCAGCAGUGAAGGCGUCUUCUGGAUGGAGUACGGAGACUUCAUUAAGUACUUUGAUUCGGUGGAUAUCUGCAAGAUUCAUGCUGAUUGGCAGGAAGUUCGUCUGCAGGGCUGUUUCCCCAGCCGGGCGAAUAAACCGGUGACCGUCACCGCCCUCACGGUCCUGGAGAGAACCGCGCUGGAGUUCGCUCUCUUCCAGGAGGGCAGCAGGCGUUCAGACACGUCCGACAGUCACCUGUUGGAUCUGUGCAUCAUGGUCUUCCGGGCCUCGUUUGGGAACGGGAAUAAGCUGGUCCUGGGACGUCUGCUGGGGCACAGCAAGCGCGCGGUGAAGAAGUUCGUAGGAUGUGAUGUGAUGCUGGAGCCGGGAGAGUACGCUGUCGUCUGCUGUGCCUUUAAUCACUGGCAGAUGGACCUGACGGGAGCUUCGACACCAGUGUCCAGCCCCACCAACGCUCGCAGGCCCAGUCAGGAUUUCCCAGGGUACAUCUUGGCCAUCUACAGCUCCAGACAGGUGAUGGUGGAGCAGGUGGAGGCCGUGUCCACUACACUCGCCGACGCCAUCAUCCUGCUGACGGAGAACAAGGGAGAGAGACAUGAGGGUCGGGAAGGAAUGACGUGUUACUACCUGACUCACGGGUGGGCGGGGCUUAUCGUGGUGGUGGAGAACCGUCACCCGAAGUACUACCUCCACGUGUCCUGUGACUGUAGCGACAGCUUCAAUGUGGUGUCGACCCGCGGCAGCCUGAAGACCAUCGACAGCGUGCCGCCGCUGCACAGGCAGGUGCUGGUGGUCCUGUCCCAGCUGGAGGGGAACGCCGGAUUCUCCAUCACACACAGACUGGCUCAUAGGAAAGCGGCGCAGGCGUCUCUGGGCGACUGGACGUCUAGUAAAGCCACACACUCGCCCCAGCUCACGCCCGACACAGACGGACUGCACAGACCGCGGCCGCUUUGACACACGCUCACACACACACACACACACACACACAUAGACACACUGUCCAGUCUUGAAACCACCACGAUGAGUUCAGACCCAUGAUGAUGAAGAACACACACACAGCCACUGGGAGGGACUGGGUGGAACUACUGAGCCAAUCACACGUCUGCUCACUGAGCCAAGCCCCGCCCACUGCAAACCGUGUCAGGCGUGUCCUGAUGAGCAGCAUUCACAUCCAUCCUGGAGUCCUGUCACCAGACUUUACUUUCUCUCCCUGCGUUCAGUCAGACGUCAGAUCUCACCUAAUAUUGCACACGGCUCAUUUCACCAAGAAUUAAAAGAUUUUGUAUUUUUUUAAAUGGCAAAAUGAAGCCUGUUUUUAGGGAUUGUUAUUAUUAUUAAUUC